GAUGGGGUAACAGGUGGCUUCCUUCCUUCCCACUGUAAGGAACUAAAAACAGCAUAAAAUAUAUGAAAAACUGUUUUCAGGCCUUGGACAACAGGCAGCUCAGGACUGUGAUUCCUGAAAAGAAAAACAACGUAAGCUGAGUCCUACGAUUGCAUGAGAGACCAGCGCAGUGCCGGGGUCACUGAGGCCAGCAGCUUGCUGGGGGGCUCACCGCGGCGUCCCUGUGGCCGGAAGGGCUCCCCAUAUCACACGGGCCAGCUGCAUCCUGCGGUGCGUGUGGCCGACCUCCUGCAGCACAUCAACCAGAUGAAGACGGCCGAGGGCUAUGGCUUCAAGCAGGAGUACGAGGUGCGGGGCCCCAGUCCAGCCAGGACCCCUCGCCAGGGCCUCGCCGGGCUCCUGCAUGCUGUGGACCCUGACCCUGGUCUGACCUCACCCCUACUCUGAUCAGCUAAUUCCUUUUGGCCUUCACCCUGAACCCUCAACCCCAACCCAAUCUGACCUGGACUCUGACUCUCAGGCUUAGGCUGUUUUGAACUUGGACCUUGGAUCUCAAUCCAGUCUCCAUGAGAAUGUCGACCAUGACCCCUAAUUAUACCAAUCCUAGUGUGACCCUGACUGUAACUUCUGGAUUUUGACCUGAAACCUCAUCCUAAUACUUCCCUGAUUUUUACUCUAAUCCUAAACCUGAUCCUUCUCUGAUAAUUUCUCUGAACUUGACCUUCUUCCCAACCCCAUCACUUCCCCCCUAACCCUCUACUUUGGUUUUGAACCCCACUUCCUUGAUGAUUAAAGGGAAAUGCAGUCAUUGACCUCAA